UGUAAAUAACCUAACCUAAAAAUAAAUAUAGUUUAUACAUUUUAUAGUUGUGUACAAAUAAAUAUUUAAUAAUUAAGGGCAUAAUUUCUCCUGAUCUAGCUUUGGCCAACGAUUCGAAACGAAUAAAGUGCUAAACAGAAUCGUAAGUUGUAAUAUUCGUUUAAAAGGGUUUACAGUGAAGGUAUUGAAUUUAAAUAAACUUAAAUCAAUAAAUAUACGAUCUAGCAACAUUAAUAUUAUUGUUUUGCAAUUUACGACAUAUUUCAAUUUCAAUGCAAAAUCUUGUUGCAAGCAGAUGUUCAUUAUGGCACUUUUCAAAAUGUAUAGUUUGAGAAAUAUGCGAGUAAGUUUGAAGCGCUUUGACUUUGUUAUUAAUAAAAAUUAUGCCUCCUCUUUAAAAACAUUGGACGAUGAUAGAUCGAAACAAGUUUUCAAAACGGAAACAAAUUUGAAAUUUAUUGAAGAUCCUGAUACAUUUGGCACUUUAUCAACUAAAUUUAAAAGUAAUGCCAAAGAUUUGCUGGAGGAUGAAGGAGAUAUUAAAGAACAAGAGUAUCUCGAAAAAAUCCCUCUACCAAGUCAAAAAUUAACUAUCAAGCAGUAUGCUGAUCUUAUAAAACAAUAUUUAAAACAUAAGCGUCUUAAAGAAGCAAUAGACAUAUUAGAAGUAAGAAUGUUAAAAGAAGAUAGAGUGAAACCAGAAAAUUAUAUUUACAAUAUCUUAAUAGGAGCCUGUGCUGAUGUAGGAUAUACCAAAAAGGCCUUUAAACUAUUUAAUGAUAUGAAAAGGAGGGCUCUGAAGCCAACUGGUGAUACAUAUACCUGUUUGUUUGAAGCAUGUGUAAAUAGUCCCUGGCGUUUAGAUGGUUUGAAGAAUGCAAAGCAUUUAAGAGAACUAAUGAUAGAAAAAGGUGUUGAACCAAAUCUUACAAAUUACAAUGUAAUGAUCAAGGCAUUUGGUAGAUGUGGUGAUCUACCGAUGGCAUUUAAAAUUGUAGAUGAAAUGAUGACAAAGAAAAUUAAAAUUAGAGUUCACACUUUUAAUCAUCUUCUACAUGCUUGUAUUAAUGACAAAGAGCAUGGUUUACGACAUGCCCUACUAGUAUGGAGAAAAAUGUUGACUAUGAGAGAGAAGCCAAAUGUUUACACAUUCAAUUUGAUGCUGAAAUGUGUUAAAGACUGUAAUUUAGGCUCCAAAGAUGAUAUUCAAACUUUAAUUGAAGCUAUUCAAGAUCAAAUUAUGUUAGAUUUAAGCAGAGUUAACAGAUUACAGAUAGAAUCAAAUAAAAGUGUCAAAAGUAUCGAAAGUAAGAAAUUAAAAAAUCUAAAUAUUGAAAAACAACCAACUCUACAAACUGGCAAUGAAUCAAUGAACCCUAAUGAAGAGAUUAAUUCAGAAGAUCAAAAUUUUGUUCCUAGUGGUGGAACAAGUAGAGAAAUAACUGUUCAUAAUCAAAACAUGAUAACAAUACUCCCAAAAGAAUAUAAAACAAUGAAAAGUGAAAAAAGAACAGUUCCCAAUUUAUUAUCGAAGUUUUUACAAUUAAAUCAGGUGUUAUCACUACAAGAAGUGAAAACUUUACAAGAUAAAUUUGCAAUUGUUGGUGGGCAAGAGGAUUUUCUUAAAGAAAUGGAUGCACUAUCUGUAAAACCUGAUAUUAAAACAUUCACACAAAUGUUACCUUUAAUAGAUGAAAAUAGAGAUAGCGAAAUAAACAUUAUUGAGAAAAUGAAAUCUUUAAAUGUAAAACCAGAUAUAGAUUUUUAUAAUAUGCUUAUUAAGAAAAGAUGUUUACGUAAGGAUUAUGAUGGUGCAUUUGUUAUUAAAGAAUUAAUAGAAAAUGAAGUUAAAAGUUGCAAAAAAAGUUAUCAACGCAGGAAAGCUAUAAAAUCUAACAUCCUGACAUAUGGAGUUUUGGCAAUGGCUUGUAAUACACAAGAGAAUGCUGAAAAAUUACUUAAUGAAAUGAAAGAAAAGCAACUGAAAGUCAAUAUUGAAAUUUUGGGAACAUUACUGAGACAUGGUACAGUACAACUGAAAUUUGGUUAUGUUUUGUACAUCAUGGGUAUUCUAAAGGAGGAGAAUCUGAAACCAAACGAGGUCUUUUUAAAACAUUUGGAAGCUUUCCAUGAUAAAUGUGUAAAUAUUUUAAAUAAGGAUGAAAAAAGUGCAAAUGAAAGUUUGUCAUUGUCUUGCAAAAGUUUUCUAAGCAAAUAUGAGACAUGGCUGAAAGAUGUACACAUUGAAGAAGAACAUCCUUGGAAACAAUUCAUGGAGGCACAUCCUGAAACUGUGCAAAGGGAGAACAUUACAAUAAAAGAACCGAAAAAGUUUUAUAAAAGAUCUCGUCAAUUUAUUCGUUAUGCUCCGAGAGUUUGAAAUACAAACUGGUACUAGAAA